ACUUCCUUGUGAUACUGGGGGUUUCAAAAUGGCGGAGGUGUUGUGAACUGACCUUUGGGGGAUUUAAAGCGUAGAAAGCACUGUCCAAACUACGGAUGAGGAGGACAAAGACGGUACAAGCUCUCCACAGUACGGAAGAAGGGUGUCUCGGACAGCUGUCUGCCAUGCAUUGAAAGCAUUGUCGAUGAGCCCAAGGUCGGAAGGGAAGAUUGGUGCCGUGUUUGGUUCGUCCAUUGAAGAAAGAGGAAUUUUCCGUAUUUGCUGUGGUAUGUUUUGAUGAGGUGUUGCCAGUUCACGAUCGACAAGGUCAGUCAUCCAAAAUAGAUUCAAAAUAAAGCUCCGCACAUCAUCCAUCCAGAAUAGAUUGUUUUGCGACAGGUUUGCAUGACAAGGUUUCCAGAGAGCGUCAUAUUUGGUAGUUGAUGUGGCUGAGUUGCUGAUUGUGGAGAUAGGAUUCCCUUUGUUAGAGUUGGAAAAUCUGGUAGGCUUUGUUUUGGGGACGACUUGGUUGUGUAAGAAGGCUUCCCAUCCUCACUGAUUAUGUCUCAACCUGACCCUGACCCUGUCGAUGCAAAAUGGAGCUGCGAUUACUGUACAUACGAAAACUGGCCUUCGGCACAAAAGUGCACCAUGUGCCAUGGAACAAAACCUCCACAACUCAUCGCAGAGGCAGCAAAACGUGAAAUAAGACAAGAGCGAGAAGCUGCACGAGAAAAGGAGAGGGACCUAGACAUCUAUGCUGCAGCGAGCUCGCCUGCCAUGUUGAUCUGUCCCACAAGCAGUAUAGGCGGCACUACAAAAGCGACGAAUCAAGAGGACAAGAAUCUUUUAGACAAGAAAAAAUGGACAUGCAAAGCAUGCACCUACCUCAACCAGCCUAAGGCAGUCAAGUGCACGGCAUGUCUAGCGCCACGCAAGAAGUUGGCCCUUCCACCUGUGACUCAGGGUUCCGAGCCCAACAACGACCUCUUAGCAGCAAAAGCGCAAUCUCGAACAAGUACGCCUCUUAUACCGGGGUCUCCAGAGGCUACCAAAGCAGCAAACAAUGACAAAAACAAAGCUGUAUAUAACUCAUCUAGGACGGUUGUAAAAUGGUCAUGUAGUGCCUGUACAUACGAGAACUGGCCCAAAUCUUCAAAAUGUGUGCUCUGUCAUACUCCACGCCACAGAAGUCCGGAACAGAGUCCUGGGAACACAUCAAACAUACAUGACCACGAUGCAAAUAACCGGCGAGGGUCAAAUUACCGCCGGCGCUCCCCACCAUCUUCUGCACGAUCACCCACAGAGGCAAAUGUCGAAAUCGAGCUGGCAUCUGCAUCUGCGUCUGCCGGCAACAACCAACAGGAGGAGCGGCGCCUCCGACUGAUACGGAACAGGAUGCGUCAACAAGACUGGCUGUGGUUGAACGCGUGCGUUGGUGUGGUAGAGGGCGACCCGCAGCCUGUUCAGGUCUUUCUAUCCUCCGGUGGUGAUCCCGCCCGUCAGCUGACGUACGACGAGUGUUUACUCCUAGAUCGCCCCAGUGCUUUUGAUGUCGGAUACACCCUUGUCCAUCUUGCCAUUCGCUUUCAAAGAGAAGACCUACUGGCAGUGUUACUGACUUCCACAGAAGUUGCCUCACACGCGGUUAAGAGGGUCCCAUCCCACGUGAGCCCAGACUGUGCUGCGGACAUUCGCCGAGAAGUCACAGGAGGUCUGCGUCAGAGGAAAGGAGACUUCCCCUGCUACUUCUUGACUGAGAUGGUGACCUUUGCACUACCUGCAGAAGUUGAAGACCUCCCCUCAGCUGUACAAAAGCAGUUAUAUGAAGAAAUCUUGGACCAAGAUGUUCAGAAAGAAUUGGAACUGGAGUCAGUGAUCAACUGGAACUAUGAGAUCACAGACCGCCUGGGUAGCAAACUGCACGCCUUGUGGAACCGGACAGCAGGGGACUGUCUGCUGGACUCCGCCCUGCAGGCCACCUGGGGUGUGUUCGACAAGGAUGCCACACUGCGUAGGGCGUUGGCUGACAGCCUCAUGGAAUGCUCUACAAGCUUCUAUGCCCGUUGGAAGGAGUAUGAGGCAUGGCAGGCCCAGCAGCUCCACUUCACACUGGACGAGUCCCAGUGGCAACAGGACUGGGCUCUGCUGCUCAGUCUGGCCUCACAACCAGGUGCUGCACUGGAACAGACCCACAUCUUCACCCUAGCACACAUCCUACGUCGCCCCAUCAUUGUCUAUGGAGUCAAGUUUUUCAAGAGCUUCCGAGGUGAAACACUAGGCUAUGCAAGGUUCCAAGGUGUUUACUUGCCAUUACUAUGGGAACCCAGUUUCUGUUGGAAAAGCCCCAUCUCCCUGGGCUACACCCGCGGCCACUUCUCUGCUCUGGUUCCCCUUGAACCUGAGUCGGACGAUGUGGGAGCAGGGGCCAACCUUGACACUGAGAACAGUGUGCAGGUGUGCUUCCUCCCCCUCAUGGAUGCAGAGGGCAAGCUGUUGCCAGUUCACUUUCUCACAGCACAGGAGCUGGGUGCGGAGGAGAGACUGUUGAAGGAGUGGAUGGACUGUUGUGUCACAGACGGAGGCAUCCUGGUGGCUCAGCAGAAGAUCAACAAGCGCCCUCCCCUCAUCAACCAGAUGAUGGAUGAGUGGAUGGACAGGUACAGAAAGAUUGCCCAUCGACACCAGCAGCUAUCAGACAGUGAUGACGACGAUGAUGACUAAAAGGCAUUUGACAAAGUGAUGCAAAAGAUCACUAUGGAAAUUAGGAGCCCCUUUGUUUUGCAACCUGUUCCCGUCAGAAAUGACAUAUCAGGAGCUUGCAAGUCACACUCGUUACAGGAACGCACAGCUCAUACAUGUGUAGCAGAAACUCAGACUGUGAAGAUUCAAGCAAGGAGACAGACACAGGGUAAAUGUACUGUACCUGGCGCAAAGUCUCUUGUCUGUAAAAGUAUCUCAGGGGUGAACUCAUGCAGCUUCAAAUGAUCUUCAGUUGACUGUAGGCACCCCAUUUCAGAACUCAAAUCAGAAAACUUUUACAUGUAUGCUUUUUUUUUAUUCAUUUAGGAAUCUAUGGUGCUUCCUGAGUUGUGGAAGUAGAAAUUGUAGGCUCUCUUCAGCACAACAGUUUUGUAAUUUUAGAUCAAUGAUACAUGUUAUCAGUUAUUUCUUUCAUUGGCAUUGAUAGAUGUCCUCACCAUGAUGUAAAAGAACGCACCAUAUGUAAAUAUACAAUCAUUGGUAAAAUAUGAGAAACACUACUUCUAGAAUAUCAGAACUGAACUGAACCAGGAUUUUACAUUACCUAUCUUUAACUAUGUAGUGCAAAGUAUGACUGCAUGGAACUGUUCUGUGAAAAUGUUUGUGUAUACACAGUAUAUAUGCUUUGUACAUUAGUGCACACCUCUGUGUAAUGGUGUGGUUUAUCCUGUACUUUGUAGACAUGUACUUUGAUACUCUUAUAUUUACCCACUUUGUAUAGAGACGUUGAGCCAUACAUGUUCAUGGAUAGUCACAUGUAUGUCACAGUAUCUUCAGGGACCCAACAAACUUGCAGUACUGGUAUUUUUUGUUUGAAGGCGCUUAUUCUAUGGCAGCCUUCACAGAAAGUUCUGUCAAACUUGCUGUGAAACACAGGGACCAGAGACAACAAGAGCUGUGUUCUCAAUCCCUUCAAAAUAUGUUUUUACAACACAAGAAGAAAAAUCUUGCUGUUUUUGACAUCCCAUAAUCUCAAAAACUGCUUUUACCUUUUUGUCAUUGCUUUGGUGAAUGUGGAGCAGACCUCCCUGAGCUGCAGCCAUUAUUGAACACGUUUAAGUGUUUUUUUUUGGGUUAGUGUUAUGAUGAUCAUAAUGCCUAGAUAUGACAGUAUCUGACAGUGUCCAUUAUGGAUAUUUCAAGUAGGGAAAUGUGAGGAAGCGAUUCAUAGUGUAUUUCUACCAGUUUCUCUUCACAUACCGUGAAUUUUAGUGUUAUGCAUACUGUAGUGCCCUACAUGGUGAUAGUGCAUGGGAGAUGUCAAAUGCCAUGAUGCACAUAUAAAACAAAUGUGUUGUCAUAUUUGUUACUCUUUACAUCCCCUGGUUGUCCAGGAGGCAUAUGAUAGGUUCUUAAGCAUAGCAACUUACGUGAAUGAAAUCAUGUACUGUGAAUUUGUUGCAGUGAUGAUAUUUGCCAGAUUCUUGUGGUGCUUUUGUUAUAAUGUAGUAUCACUGCUUUGUUCACUUUUAUUUAUAUCUUUGGGAAACACAUGCAGCUGUCAAUGGAUUCCCUCUGGGGGAAGAGUGCAGGCUCUGAUAGUGGGGGUAGAAAACAUUUUUGCAGAAAUGCAUUUUGGCUUAAAGUACAUGAAGUGAAUGAUGUUUCUUCAAAUAUUCUUGGUUUGCGACAGAGCCUGUACCUUUGUCUAGGGUUUCCACUGAUAGUGAUGAUUAAGGUGUGAAGUUGAAUAUGGAAGUCACACAUUGAGAUAAAAGUCCUUUGUGACAGAA